CGUGCGUCGUCAUUUCCGGCUUCCUCUUUUGCCCCUGCAGCCUUCCGGGCGUGAGCUGUGAGGGAUUAGGUUGUGCGCCGAUCUCUUCGGGAACCAUGGCAUCCCUUUCCCUUGCACCUGUUAACAUCUUCAAGGCUGGAGCUGAUGAAGAGAGGGCAGAGACAGCUCGUUUGUCUUCUUUUAUCGGUGCCAUCGCCAUUGGGGACUUGGUAAAGAGCACUUUGGGACCCAAGGGCAUGGACAAAAUUCUUUUAAGCAGUGGACGAGAUGCCUCUCUUAUGGUAACCAAUGAUGGUGCCACUAUUCUAAAAAACAUUGGUGUUGACAAUCCAGCAGCUAAAGUUUUAGUUGAUAUGUCAAGAGUUCAAGAUGAUGAAGUUGGUGAUGGCACCACUUCUGUUACUGUUUUAGCAGCAGAAUUACUACGGGAAGCAGAGACUUUAAUUGCAAAAAAGAUUCAUCCACAGACUAUCAUUGCAGGCUGGAGAGAAGCCACAAAGGCUGCGAGAGAGGCUCUGUUGAGCUCUGCAGUUGAUCAUGGUUCUGAUGAAAUGAAAUUCCGGCAAGAUUUAAUGAAUAUUGCAGCAACGACAUUAUCCUCAAAACUUCUUACUCAUCACAAGGACCACUUUACUAAAUUAGCUGUAGAAGCUGUUCUCAGACUAAAAGGUUCUGGUAAUCUGGAGGCAAUUCAUGUCAUCAAGAAGCUGGGAGGGAGUCUGGCUGACUCCUAUUUGGAUGAAGGCUUUCUGUUGGAUAAAAAAAUUGGAGUAAAUCAACCAAAGCGAAUUGAAAAUGCCAAAAUUCUUAUUGCAAAUACUGGAAUGGAUACUGACAAGAUAAAGAUUUUUGGUUCCCGGGUAAGAGUUGAUUCUACGGCAAAGGUAGCAGAAAUAGAACAUGCAGAAAAGGAAAAAAUGAAGGAGAAAGUUGAACGUAUUCUAAAACAUGGCAUAAAUUGCUUUAUUAACAGGCAGUUAAUUUAUAAUUAUCCUGAACAACUCUUUGGUGCUGCUGGUGUUAUGGCUAUUGAGCAUGCAGAUUUUGCAGGUGUGGAGCGCCUUGCUCUUGUCACAGGUGGUGAAAUUGCAUCUACCUUUGAUCACCCAGAACUAGUGAAGCUUGGAAGUUGUAAACUUAUUGAAGAAGUCAUGAUUGGAGAAGACAAACUGAUUCACUUUUCUGGGGUUGCCCUUGGUGAAGCUUGUACCAUUGUUUUACGUGGUGCCACUCAACAAAUUUUAGAUGAAGCAGAAAGAUCUUUGCAUGAUGCUCUUUGUGUUCUUGCCCAAACUGUGAAGGAUCCUAGGACAGUUUAUGGUGGAGGCUGUUCAGAGAUGCUGAUGGCUCAUGCUGUGACACAACUUGCCAGUAAAACACCAGGCAAAGAAGCUGUUGCAAUGGAAUCUUAUGCCAAAGCUCUAAGAAUGUUACCAACCAUCAUUGCUGACAACGCAGGCUAUGACAGUGCAGAUCUGGUGGCACAGCUGCGAGCUGCUCACAGUGAAGGCAAAAUAACUUCUGGACUGGAUAUGAAUGAAGGUACCAUUGGAGAUAUGGCAGCACUGGGUAUAACAGAAAGUUUUCAAGUCAAGCGACAGGUUCUUUUGAGUGCAGCUGAAGCAGCAGAGGUAAUUCUCCGUGUGGACAACAUUAUCAAAGCAGCACCAAGGAAACGCGUCCCAGAUCAUCACCCCUGUUAAGCAUUCCUAUUUGCUGUUUGAUCUCUGGACCUGGUCAUAGCAAUCUUGUGUUUGAAAGACUUCAACCUCCUUAGAAGACUGUGGAAUCUAUGUGCUCAUUAAAUUUGGACAUUUAGAUGACCUUCUCUUUUAACAUGGGUCUAAUUUAUUUGCUAUUUCAUUUUUCCAUACAAGUCAGUUGAUUUAAAAUUGCAUUUCUCUUAACUGUUCAUUAAAAUAAAAAUUUGAAUGAUUA